UGUGUUUACAUAGAUGCCUCAUGGCAAGUCCCACCGUCGCUCCGAGGCAGCCAGGAGGAGGAUGGCGGAGUGUCGGACUGAGGUUCUCGGACCUCAGUCGGCCUCCAGUGAUACUACUGCAUAUCGUGGCACCGGCUGGCGCCACAAAGUGCACCGAUGGCCAACUUCUGCGCACACUGUGCGCCAGCACAAGUUGGUCAUUCCUGCUGAGGUCCCAGACAAGAAGUUCGUUCUUGUUGUUGGGGCAUCCCAUCUGCGCUUCCUUGCAGAUGAGAUUGUGCCGAUGCCAGAAGAUCGCUACAGCUUUGGCUUCAUGUCGACUCCAGGGGCGUGCGCGGACCACCUUAGGACUGAAGUUGUUCACGCUGUUCUUCCUCGGACCCCUGAUGCUGUUUGUCUCAUUGCCCCUGGAAACAACCUGACGGCCAGCACCACGCCCGAGCACGGGGGCGCAGCUUUUCACCGCUACCUGGUGACUGUCUGCAACGUCUGGCCAACUGCACAGGUUUUUGUUGUGGACCUUGUCCCACGCUUGACGGUCCCGGGGGAUGUUCAAGAGUUUUUCCGUCAGGAAUUUCACCGCGUGUCAGCUCGCCUUGGUGUUAAGUACUAUCACCACGCUGGCCGCUUCCUCCUGAACAACCGGAAGCUGUGGUGCCGUGAUGGUGUGCACCUCAGUGAUGACAUGGGGAUGCCCCUCCUCGUGGACUCACUGUUGGCUGCCACCACCCACCACCUGGAGACACUGGCACCUACGCCACAGGUGCCGCGCCCGGUGUCUCCCACGCCUAAACCCAGGCCUCCGCCACGGGUUGUACCACGUGUGGUUGUGGUUGGGGAGGUCCCUGUUCCACGCCCCCCCCCCCCGAGAGGACAACUGAACCACUCCAGUGACCAUGAGCGUGGCUCUGGUUCACCCCAGAAGAGGGUGGUUCAUCAUGCGGUGGAUGGCCCUCCAGUGGCCGUGAGGGAGUGUUUCAUUCCACUGAAUCCUGUCCAGUUUUCACCGGCUGUGUUGGCUGCCAUGGACAAGGUUGUUCCAUUGGCUCUUGGCGGCGUUCCCACAGGCAACGAGGUAAUUAACCUGAAAGUUACUUCUGAUUUAUUACAUAUUAUUAAAUUAGCUUUCCUUUCUUUACACUUGAAAUAA